UUCACAUGACUCAAUGAGGAUUCAACCACAUUAUUUUAUUGUUCAUCAACUCCUCUCCUAUAAAUCAUUUUAUCACAGUCUAAAUCAGGGCUAUUCAACUGGCAGCCUAGGGGCUAAAUCCGGCCCAGGAAUGACACCAUACCGGCCCCAGGUUAAAUUCAAAAUAUUUUUGCAGCAAAUUCCGUUAAACCCUAGAGUGCUCCUCUUGUAUAGAGGAACCUGGACCACUGUAAACACAUUGGCAGACCUUUGCAUUGACAUUUAACUGUGCUGGCAAACAUAGAACACUGGGGUCCAAACUUGUGAUUUACAUAACUGAAGCAUUCCUCAAAGAACUCCUUUAAGUCCUUUCCUUUUUGGCAGUUGCACAUUUUUUCGUAAAAUGAUUUAUUGUUACGUACAGCGGGGGAAGGAGAAGACACAACGGCAGGGAUCAGUUCAAUAGGUUUAUUGAACCUGAUUAUAUAUUGGGGUGUGUAUGCUAGUCUACGUGAAUGGUGCAAGACGAUGUGAAGAAUUAACAAUGUUAAUGUUACCAGAGGUUGUUGUUUGUGCGUGUUGGAUGAAUCCUUCGACAGUCCAGAGGGGCAAGGCAAGAAGACAGUCCGUGGGCAAGAGAGAUGUCGGGGGCUGGAGAGAGGCGGCGAGGUCCAAGCGGGGGUCGAGGAUCGAGGGAAGCAGUCCAAAGUCUGGUGGGAAGUCGAGGCGCACAGCUCGAUCACAGGAUUCAGGGAAUACUGCGGGGAACACAGAAGACAUAAGACACAGGCAGAGGGAAAGCACAGAGAGAGCAGACCCAGGUGUGCUGAUUGCUGACUGCCCGCAGCCGUGCAGGCGCUUGACUGCGAUGCGGGAAGAGCGAGCAGGGGCGUGUCUCGGCGCGCUUCUAGCGGAGCUGCCGGCUGCGCUGGCUGCAGAUGACAUGUGGGAUUGCGCAUGCGCCGUGACAUUUAUUGAACUAAAGUGUUGCUGUAGCUUGUUUGCUUUAGAUGCAGUCAGUAGUCAUUUGUUCAACUUCUUUAGUUAUAAUAGUGGUGUUCCUCAAGGUUUCGUUUUAGAUUCUCUAUUUUUCAUCAUGUGCGCUAUUCAGUAGUUGGCCCGCGAGUUCAGUUCAAAAGAUUUGCGACUCACAUUUUUGAUUCUUAAAAACAGCAAAGUGCUCCUGUAACUCUGACAAAAUAAAUAGACCAAAAUUAAAUGUCUACUGUAGAGGACACUGGUUCUCCGGAAUAUACAAAAAAAGACUAACAGUAAAGGGAGAAGUUUGGCUCCCCAGUCCUUAGCCUUCAAGAAAUGUGGCCCCAAAACAAUUUAGUUGAAUUUAACAAAAUAUAUAACUAAUACAACUAAAAUAACAGUUUGGCUACCAAACAGACGAGUAUGUAUGCAAAAAUACCUAAUAUGUCACAGCAAUUGCAGAUUAAACCAUUUAU